CGACUAGAGGAUGGUGACGCCGUGACGCCACACACACACACACUCACAAGGAUAACACCAACACCACCAUGACUGAUACUAAGGGACAGGUUAUUAAGUGCAAAGCUGCUGUGGCCUGGGAAAAGGAGAAACCUUUGACUAUAGAAGAUGUUGAAGUUGCUCCUCCAAAGGCUGGAGAAGUGCGCAUAAAGGUACUUGCAAGUGGAGUGUGUCACACUGAUGCUUAUACACUGGAUGGUCAUGACCCAGAGGGAAUAUUCCCAGUCAUCCUUGGUCAUGAGGGAGGUGGUAUUGUGGAAAGUGUUGGAGAGGGAGUCACUUCAGUGAAAGAAGGUGAUCAUGUUAUUCCAUUAUACAUACCUCAGUGUCGUGAAUGCAAGUUCUGCAAGUCCCCCAAGACAAAUCUGUGCAGCAAAAUCAGAGAUACUCAAGGCAAGGGUGUUAUGCCAGAUGGGACCACACGUUUUACAUGUAAAGGAAAGGAAAUCUACCAUUUCAUGGGAUGCUCUACCUUUUCUCAGUACACAGUUGUUGCUGAGAUUUCUAUCAAUGCAGUUGAACCAAAAUAAAGUCAUGACCGCUCCUCUUUAAAGGUUUGUUUGCUGGGCUGUGGCCUGCCUGUAUUGACAAAUAAAUUCUUACAGCAUAUCUGCAUUGCAUUCUUACAGGUGGAACCUGGAUCAGUAUGUGCUAUCUUUGGCCUUGGUGCUGUUGGCUUGGCUGUUGCAAUGGGCUGUAGGGAACGAGGUGCAAAACGCAUCAUCGGAAUUGAUUUGAAUCCAAAUAAGUUUGAAAUUGCAAAGCCUUUUGGUUGUACAGAAUUUUUAAACCCAAAUGACCACUCCAAACCCAUUCAAGAGGUUCUCAUUAACAUGACAGAUGGUGGAUGUGAUUACACUUUUGAGUGUAUUGGUAAUGUGAAUGUCAUGCGUGCUGCCUUGGAGGCAUGCCACAAAGGGUGGGGUCAGAGUGUGAUUAUUGGUGUAGCAGCUGCAGGAAAGGAAAUAUCUACUAGACCAUUCCAGCUGGUAACUGGAAGGGUCUGGAAAGGAACAGCUUUUGGAGGCUGGAAGUCUCGUGAUAGUGUGCCGGUGCUUGUUGAAGACUACAUGAACAAGAAAAUAAUGAUUGAUGAGUUUAUCACUUACACAAAACCUCUUGAUGAAAUCAACACUGCUUUUGAACUGAUGCACCAGGGCAAGGCUCUCCGUAGUGUUGUACUUCUGGAGUAAUGAGUACGAACAAAAGUGAAGUUUAGCCAUGUGAGGGCAAUACAUGCAUAACUUUAUAAGACUGAGAUGUUGAAAAUUGAGAGAACCCUUUCAGUAUGCAUUAUAUGUAAUGUUCCAGCUGUUUACAAAAAGCAUAUAAAAUAUAGCAAUUGU